AUGUUUGGUUUUGAAUAUCAGUUCCCAUGGGGUUGUAACUGGCAGCUGUUGGAUGCCCAGGCCCGGACUCCACUGGAGCAGGAGAUCUUUGGAUUGCUCCACAAGACACAGCAGCCCAUCACAGACCCACUGCUGACACCGGAGGAGACGGCCUCGCUGAAGGCCAUGAGCUUGGAGGAGGCCCGGCGGCGGCGGGCAGAGCUGCAGAAGGCACGGGCUGUGCAGUCCUACUACGAGGCCAAGGCUCGGCGAGAGAAGAGGAUCAAGAGCAAGAAGUACCAUCGUGUGCUGAAGAAGAGCAGGAGGCGCCAGGCCCUGAAGGAGUUUGAGCAGCUGCACAAGUCGGACCCUGCAGCUGCCUUGGCACGGCUGGAGGAGCUGGAGCAGCUCAGGAUGCAGGAACGGAUGAGCCUUAAACACCAGAACAAGGGAAAGUGGGCCCGAUCCAGGGCCAUUAUGGCCAAGUAUGACCUGGAGGCCCGCAAGGCCAUGCAGGAACAGCUGGCCAGGAACAAGGAGCUGAUGCAGAAGGUGCAGGUGGAGCCACCUGAGGAGGAGCCGUGCGAGGUGCCCGAAGAGGAUCCUGCAGCCGUGCCCAUCCCCACCAGGGUCAGCACGGCUAAUCCCUGGAUGCUGGGCAAGCCCAGCGCCCCGGCCCCAGAGCCUGAGGCACAGGAGGCUCCCAGAGAUGGCACAGUGCCUGGUGCUGCAGAGAGCAAGGAGGAGAUUGAGGAGGAGGAAGAGGAGGAGCUGUCAGAGGAGGAAGCUCUGCUACAAGACUUUGAGCAGAAGCGGCAGGCACGACAGGAGCGGGCAGGGAGCCCUGAAGGGCACGGUGCUGGUGAGACUGAGGCCAGUGCUGAGCGGCCGGGGGACAGCCCCAUCCCCCCGUUCUGUGCUGAGGAGCCGGUGAGCAUGGGGCUGGAGCCACCCCCUCAGGCCCAGGAGCAGCUCCUGCUCUCAGAGCAGCUGCACCGUGUGCAGACCAUGGAGGAUGUGGAGGGUCUGGCCAAGGAGGAGCCUGUGGAAGAGCAGGAGAAGCCAGUGGCCCCGAGAGCAGGGAAGCAAGUGCAGCAGCAGAAGGAAAGAACGGCUGGGGACAGACAUGCCGAAAAAACAACAGAUAAGAAGAUGAUCAGCCUGGAGGCUGUACUGGAUGGGAAGCCCCAGGAGAUGGACUGCCCAAGCCUGCCUGUGGUCGUGGAGGAAGAGGAGGGUGGCAUCGACCAGCGCGGGAUGAUCACAGAGGCCUUCGCUGGGGACGACGUGGUCGCCGACUUCGUCAGUGAGCUGCCCUUCCCCUUCGAGCGGCACCAGCAGUUCGAGCAGAGCAUACGGACGCCCGUGGGCACCACGUGGAACACACAGCGUGCCUUCCAGAAGCUGACAGCCCCUCGCGUAGUCACCCGUGCCGGCCACAUCAUCCAGCCCAUCUCGGCUGAGGAUGUCCCCGACACGGCCCCCAGCAGUGGGGCCAGCCCCAGGGAGGAGGCACUGCCCCGGGGACGGGCACCGUCCCGGCGCCGCCCACACCGCAAAGCGCGGUAACUCCGUGCCUGCGGCCCAAGGGCUUGGACUGGAGCGGGCACAGGUACCAGGAGAAGCUCCUGGUUCUGUCCAGUUCCUUCUUCCUCUUUCCCUGCAAUGAAACCCGGGGCUGCGUCCAUGUGGCUGCCCUGGCAGCGUCCAAGGCUGGGAUGGCUGGUGCCCUCCAUGCUGCCCUGGGGGACCACGCGGGGCCAGUGCUUUGGCCGAGUGGAGGGUGAGAGGCUGGUCAAGGGCUUGUGGCAGGGCAGGUCUGGGAGUGAGGGGCUGGAGCAGCUGCCCCCAACCUGCCCUGUGCUUUCAUCUUCCAUAUCCCUAUUUUUUUACCUCUCUGUACUUUUAAAUGUUGGCCAAAGGGGCUUUCUCCCUGCCCUGCCAUGCUGAGCUCGGCCCCAAGGGGAUGUUCCUCAGGUCCGCUUGUACCCCCAAGGUACCUGCCCAGCAUUAAUAAACGUGGUCACCUGGAAACGGC